UGCACAGUGCAGAUCCGCCCCCCAUAUCUUGCCACUGGGGUGUGUACGUGUACAGCAAAAGAAGCGAAGAAGCUGAGCACCCAUCUUGUAAGCUGCAGCAAGUCUUAUUACCAGAUUGGAAGAUGAGUAAGAAGAGUGUUGUAGGGACUGUUUCUCCAGAAGACUCUUCUAAGCCCAACAGAGAGUCCUGGGUCAAGCCAGACACCGUCACUCCUGGCAGGGUUAAAAGCCCUCCACACACUUCAGUCCUAAAAUAUGACCGGGAAAAACACAGUGUGCCAGGCAGGGACGUGUUUGGACUGAUCAGUGCACAUCCAGAAACAAACCCAACGCCAAAGAAACCAAGAAAGACAAGUGCAAAGCUUUCACCAUGGGAGCAACUUCAGGAGAAACUACUUAUCAACUGGGUCAAUUCCCAAAUUGACAGCAGAGGAAUGAAGGUAUCAAAUCUAGAAGGGGACAUUAAGGAUGGCGUUGUGCUGAUCACCCUCAUAGAGGUGCUCUCGGGAAAACCAGUUACACAAAAAUACAAGAAGCAAACAAUGCAUCGCUUGCAACAUCUGGAGAACUUGAAAAUUGUACUGCAAAUACUGAAGGAGGAAGGCAUUAAAGUAGUCUCCAUGGAUCCUGCUGAUGUGGUUGAUGGGAACAUGAAGCUGAUUAUGGGCCUACUCACAGAGCUGAUCCACCACUACCACAUAACUGUGACAACACCAGAGAAACCUGCUACCACAACCAACCGAGCAGCAUUUUUGGAAUGGGUCAAAGCGGCUCUCCCCAACAACAAUAUAACCAAUCUCACUACAUGUUGGAACGAUGGGCUGGCUCUAUCUGCCUUGGUGGACUAUUGCAUGCCUGGUCUCAUCCCAAACCACGCCUCUCUCGAUCCGAAUAAACAGCUAGAAAAUGUCAAGAAUGCUAUGGAUAUUGCUGAGAAGGAGCUGGGUGUGCCACACAUAGUUGAUCCUCAAGACAUCGCUUGUAGAAAGCCAGAUGAAUUUCUCAUUAUGGUGUACUUGGCCUACUUUUGUAACCCUCGACUUUUAGGCCAGAAGAAACUUCUUGAUUGGGUGAACACUUUCCUCCCUUCCAAAAAAAUAACUGAUUUCGGCAGCUGCUGGGAAGACGGUCGAAUUUUGUAUGAGCUUGUUCAUGCAAUCUUACCAAGAGCAGCAACCCCUUUGGAUAUGCUAGAAGACCAAUCACCAGCCAAACUCAAGCAGCAAGCUAAAGAGUUAGCAGAGAAAGAGCUGAGCAUAAAAGCACCAAAGAGCCUUGCAACGGCUUCAGGAACAGACUUCCAACUGACACUGAUCAUGUUUUUGGGACUACUUCAAGCAAAGGUGAAAAGUCCCAUAUCUCCCGAAACUCUGUCUGCAGAAGGCACUGGCCUCACCGGUACGAACGUGGGUGAAGACGCUCAUCUCACCAUUUUGGGUGACAUUCCCUCGAACGACAACCUCUCAGUAAUUGUGACUGAACCAGGAGGCUUGUUGCUGUACAUUGAAGAGACCUCCCCUUGCUCCUACUUGUACACACCUACAGUACAUGGCGAACACACAGUCGAUAUCACAUUUUACGGACAACCUAUUGCAGGGUCUCCUUUUCAAGUUGUUCAUGUGGACAGUGAGCUUGUUAAAAAAUGCCAAGUUUCCGAACAGAUCAACAAGGCUUGUGUCGAUACAACGUUGAAUUUUACUGUCGAUUGUAGUCAAGCAGGUUUUGGAAAUGUACAUGUUACUGUAGAAACCAAAGAGGGAGAUCAUAUUCCAGCGCCAGUCGUACACAAACCAGGAGACAAGCAUGAGGUAACCUUCACUCCGACAUCAAUCGGAGAUCACCUUCUACACAUCACCUGGAAUGGAGUUGCUCUUCCAAGCUCUCCUUUUAGCUGCCGAGUCAUCAAUCCAAGCAGAUGUGAAGCAAGUGGAGCUGGUCUGUCAAAUUCAAUUCUUGGUCGGUCUGCAAUGUUUCACAUUUCUACAAAUGGUGCGGGAGAGGGAAGUCCUUCAGCCACUGUCUCUGGGCCAUCAGAGCCGGUCGAUCUGAUCCUCCUCUCAACCAAAGACGGAACAUACACAUACGAGUACACUCCCACACAGAAAGGUAGCUACCACAUUGAUAUCAAGUUCAGUGGGUUUCCGGUUCAUGGCAGCCCCUUUAUUGUUAGACCACAGGCGCCUACAAUCGCCAGCGGAUGCUCAGUGAGGGAAUUUCCCCGUACAUCAAUGCCAAACAACGAGCCAAUAUCGAUUCUUGUGAGUAUUGAUGGAGCAGACAACGAAGCUGAACUCGUUGGAACAUUCAUUCUCGAGGAAUCAGAUGAAGAAGAAGUGCAGUGUGACAUUGCUCAAGUCGGCGGGGAAGAAAAUCUUUACAAUGUCUCAUUUGUACCAAAGGAAGUUGGGGUGUAUACUGUACACAUUCAGUACGGAGGUCUAGAAAUUCCCGAAUGCCCACUCAACUUUGCAAUCAACGAUCCUUCAAAAUGCAUUGUCGAUCACGAUUCAAGCAAACUAUACCAUGUUGACAAGGCAGUCUCCUUCCAAGUCGGUACAGAAAACGCAGGUUAUGGAGUACUUUCUGCACAAGGAGAGGAUCCUUCUGGUCAGAAUUUCAAACUGAAAGUUACCGAAAACAGUGACGAGCUAGAUAUUUACACGGUGUCAUUUGUGCCCGAGCAGGGGGGAAAACAUCAAAUCACUCUGCUCUAUGACAACCGUCCUCUAGCGGACAUGCCCCUCUUCGUUCAAGUCGAAAGCAACACCCUAGACAAUAUCGUCCUGAGCAAACCAGUCAGCCAACAUGGAUACGUUCUUGUUGACGAGCAAGUGAACUACAAGAUGUUCGCUCCAAGCAGAAAUGAGAGUUCUUUUGCUGUGACCUGCCUGGGAAUUAAUACCGGAGCCAUUCCUAAAGUGGCCAUUGAGCCAGUCGGAGAAGACAGUUAUAACAUCAGCUUCAGUGGUUCUCAUCCAGACGAAUACAAAGUGCAAAUUACAUACAACAGCCAACAGAUCCCAGGCUCUCCUUUUACAGUGAAUGUGAACCAGUCACCUGAACACAACCAAGUGGUCUCCUUCGAUCACGUUGUUCCCCUAAAAUUAGGCAAGUCAAUUGAGCUCACUUUUGAUGUAAGUCUUGCUGGAGGUGCAGGCAGUGGAACACUCACCGCUAAUAUUUCUUCUACCUCAAAGAAUUGGAUCAUUCCAACCGUUAACGAGAUCUCCCCAGCCUUUUUCAGAAUCAGUUUCGUUCCUCCCCGCGAGGAUAGGUACACUAUCACUGUGUACUGGUACGGAAAACAAGUCAAAGAUUCCCCGUUCAUUAUUGACUUCAAACCACAAGUAAAACCACCAAAAGUAUCGAUUGAGUUCGUACCCGAUCCAAGUGAACGACGACUCCUCUCAGCCACUGCUAUUGGACAAAAAACAAAAGCGAAACCGAAAGUAAAUGUACAGCAAUUCGAGCCUGGAAAAUACCAGCUGAGUCUAACCCCAACUCAAAGAGAUGUGUACCAACUUCAUGUCUCCUGGUUCCAGCAACAAAUUAGAGGGUCUCCUUUCACCCUUGAUCUCCAGACAGCACCCCCUGUUACCGGUGGGACUGGUGGUGUUCGAGAGAUUUCAGCACUAGUAGUGGGGGAGAAAUCGGGGCCUCAACGAGCUACCAUGACCGUCAGCAAGAAGACAAAUGUAGCAACCAUUGUGUUCGAGGAUAGACGAAGAGAUGUGUACAAAAUUUCAGUGUAUCUUAACAAGCGAUUAGUGAGAGGUGCUCCGUUCAAAAUUAACGUAUCUGACUAAAGUGAAACUGAGCUAGUAAAGAACACGUACACGUACAUUGUGAUUAGUUAAUUACAGAGCUGUUAGAGAACACAAUUAUAUUAUAAUUAUGUAUUUGCUAUUUUAUAUGUUUCAUUUCCCACAUAGUUUUUGAGAUACAAUUGAAGUUGCACAAACGAUGAUUUAUAAUUA